AUGACAAAAAUCCGACUGGUGGGAGGUCAUGAGUGCCGCAGGCACUCCGUGCCCUACCAGGCGUCCCUGAAUGCAGGCCAACACUUCUGCGGUGGCUCCCUCAUCUCCAGCCAGUGGGUUGUGUCUGCUGCCCACUGCUACACACGUCGCAUCCAGGUGCGCCUUGGUGAGCACAGCCUCUCCUCCAACGAGGGCACCGAACAGUUAAUCGACUCCGCCAAGAUCAUCAAGCACCCCAACUACAAUCCCAACAACCUGGACAACGACAUCAUGCUCAUCAAGCUGAGCCGCCCGGCUACACUCAACCGCUAUGUCAAGACUGUUGCCCUGCCCAGCAGAUGUCCCAUUCCCAACGAGCAAUGCAUGGUGUCCGGAUGGGGCGCCACCGACGGCAAAAGUACGAUCUUUCCUGACCGCCUGCAGUGCCUUACACAACCCAUCAUCGAUGAUCGCACCUGCAAGAUGGCCUAUCGUGACAGCAUGACUAAGAACAUGGUCUGCUCUGGCUUCAUGCAAGGAGGAGCUGACAGCUGCAAGGGUGACUCUGGCGGACCUCUGGUGUGCGGUGGCCAGCUGCAGGGUGUGGUCUCCUGGGGACCCAAUGAGUGUGCUUUGAGGGACAAACCCGGUGUCUACGCCCGCGUGUGCCGUUACAACCGCUGGAUCAAGGGUGUCAUGAAGAGCAACUAA